AUGUCUACGAAACAAUCGCUAAAGAACCGUAAAAACCGGAAGUAUAAUAAGCGAUGGGUCAUUGUUUCCUUUACGGAAUCAAACGAUUACAGUGUUGUGCCUGUUAAUUGGCUAAUUUUACCACCAACAUUGGAGCUAACCGCGGACAACAUUUCAAUAGUUGAACUUUGUCGAUGGCCUCCAUUUAAUGUAACGAGCAUUGAACUAACAAACGCGGAUGAUCCAGAAGAUUUAUGGGGCUUAUUCAAAAUUAAAAUCUUGUCCAGUAAAAUAUAUGUCAAUUUCAAAGAAGCCUGGCAUCAACGUGUGGAGAUUGAAAGUUCUGCUACAGAAAAUGAACCUGAAGUACUCAAAAAGAAAAAGAAAAACCGCCAAAGAAGUUCAUCUGAAGAUGACGACAGUGACUUUGAAGAUUGUAGCAUAUCAGUAACACCUAUCAGCAAAAAACUAAAAAAAGAUGUGCCGUUAACAUAUACUGAAUUGCUGGUGAGGAAUUCUGAUGAAGAAUUCAAUUGUGAACUAGAUUCUGUAUUACCACUGGCAGUAGAAAUUGCAGCUAGUUCCUCAGUAUCAUACAUAAUUAAUGAUGACAUACAUACGCAGACAACGUCUCAGGUUAAAAAUACUGAUGAAAUACAAUUAUAUGAACCAUAUGAACCAUUUAUUGUUCCUAAUACCUCAUACAGUACAACCAGUACUGGUAGUUUAAAUCAGAAAAUUCUUGAUAUUUUAACUAAUAUGCAAUUGGAACAAGUCAACAUUAAAAAAGAGUUAGUGGCAUCAAAUUUAAUUUUGAAUCGAUUACUUACAAAAGUUGAAGUUUUGGAAACUAAUUCAAAAAACAAUAGUUUAAACUCUGCGAUGGCCAACCAGUAUAUUGAUUCAAAUUUUCUUUCAUUAUUCCCAAUUAAAGAUAAAGAUGAAUUUUUAUCAGUUGAAUCAAACAUAGUAAAUGAAGUGGACUUUGUGUUGAAACUAUAA